AAGUUUCAUUUAGCUAACUAAUUCAUUUGUAUUUUCGUUUUCAACAGAUAUACUAAUGAUCACGUGACGACGUUAGUGCCGGAAGCUAUGUUAGAAACUAGACAUCAUUGGCUACCCAUCAUCAUAGCUGUUUAUCUACCUGCGUCUUUCAUUAUCACAUACUCUAUAGCUGUAGGAAAUGAUCAUGUUGAACCCGGCUUCCCAUACAUCAGCGAUACGGGAACCAGAUCCCCAGAAAGUUGUGUAUUUGGUCAGUUGCUUAACAUUGGUGCUGCUCUAGCGGGAAUCAUCAUUUAUACAAGAUAUAGACAAAGUUUGUAUCAUUUUGAGGGAAGCGGCAGACGAGUUUUGCUCAAUUUAAAUACUGCUGCAUUUAUUAUCGGAAUGCUUACAAUAUUUGGUAUAAGCUUAGUUGGAAAUUUUCAGGAAACGAAUGUUUUAACUGUACAUCUGAUUGGUGCGUACCUGGCGUUCGCUGUAGGCUUUGUUUACAUGGUGCUGCAGACGAUAAUUUCAUACAAGUCUCUGUCUUUCAAUACAGCCGGAAAUACUCUUUUUAUAACAAAGUUUAGGAUAUUACUAUGUGUUGCAGACGUUAUUUUACUUAUUAUGUUGGGGAUAGCAGCUAGAGUUGCACGGUCCAAGGGUCCCGGGCCAGGUAAAUCUAAACAACACUGGUCCGACGACGAACCUGGCUAUGCAGAACAUUUGGUGGCGACGAUUUCAGAAUGGCUGGUCGCAUUUAUCACCGUGAUAUAUUUUGCCACGUUUUACAAAGAGUUCAAACAUUUCCGAAUGAAGGCACCGGAAGUCGUUUAUUAUGAACCACAACAACAACAAGAGCAAGGAGCAAAUAUUUCUGUAAUAAGUUGACAAAAACAGACAAACUUUCAAACAAAAACAUGAUCUUACAAAAUACGUAUUUCAAGCUGAAUAUUCUGUGAGCAGCAUAAUGUUAAAGUUCAUUCAUUCUGUCAAUACAUUUCGUCAUUACAUCGCCGGACAAAUAUUUUACUUGUCUAGUCCUUAACAUCAUAUAUAUAGAUCAAAUUGUACAAUUAUGAUAAAUCAUUUAUAAUGCAUGCACGAUCUUCUGUGAUACUGUUUUGUAUUAAAUUGUUACUGUACUCUACAAAG